AAUACCACUUCCACAUCACCACAUCACCAUCUCCACCAUUGUCCCGACCUCGCCGCCUUCCCUAGUGCUGAGGUGCUCAAGACAACAACGACAACAAUUCAAUUUAAACCCUUGAAAGCUGUAGAGGAUCUUUUUGUCAACACAAAAUGAGCAUACCGAUACCCCAGGGCAUGAUUGACUUUGCUGGUCAGAAACAAGUCGACGAGAUCUCGAGGAUAUGGUUGAUCUCAAGCACGGUCAUCUCUUUCGUUGCUGGAUUUGCGUCCCAGAAUAUCCGCGUAACGUUCGGGUUCUUAGGUAUUUCUACACUGCUCCUCUUUGCGGUCGUAAUACCACCGUGGCCCAUGUUCAAUAAGCAUCCUGUGACAUGGCUUCCUUCCGUUGGAGAGAAGAAGAAAAGUUAAGCGAGGGAUAAAUUUCAUUUCAUCUGAUUUCUGUGUUUAUAUGGUUUCAUCUGUGCAGUCAAAUGGACUUGCGGAUCAUAUAUCCUAUAAUCGGACGCGUCUUGCGACUUUGGAUAUACGUCGUAGUGUGAAGUGUUGUCGAUAUGAAUGUUGAACGACAUCCCGCCGCCUGCAGAGCGGCCAGUCAUGUAGCGCAUCCCCGCAUCCCCCACUUUGGCAUAUCGUUUUGUGUGUGGAUACCAAGCCUUAGCGUACAGUCACCAAUACCACGUAGUUGUGGAGAGAUAGAGCAACAGUCCGAGUCUGUUCAGUCUUGACUAACGAUCUGUCUAGAAAAAGUCUAGCGGCGAGGUGGGGGUAAGGCGG